GUUGGAUCGAUAAUAAUUCAGCUUCACUCCACCGAGAUCGCCAGAAUAUCGUCCCCUGCGAGCGCGGUGCCCCUAUCGACACUGCCGAGGCCAUAAACGCUGCAGGGCUACCAAAGACAUCCGGCGCACCAUCGCCGAGCGACAAAAGAGGAACGCCAGAAAAGAAGACGUCCUCGUGGAACAGGAAGAGCAACCGGAUCAAGGAGCAACUCGGCGAUUUCUCCGCCAUCUCCACGAGCCCCGGAGAAGAACCCGGCGUCUAGAAUCAGGAGGAUCCACCGCUUUUGGGGUUUGAAGGACCGCCGGGCCAUCUGAAGGCGGUGCGAUUGGUGACGGAGGGUGGCGACCAGGAAUCGACGGUGCGAUUAGGGUUUCAGGUUGCAGCUGCAUUCUGUUUCUGGGGUCCGAGGCGAAGAUGCGAGAGACCUCGAUGGGCCGCUUUAUUUAAGCCUGCUUAUCAAUGGGCCCGAUUCGUUGGAUGAAAUCUUGACCGUUAGUUAUUUUAUGGACGGAUGAUAAUGCCAUUCUACCGCUUACAUGCCACGAACCAUUAUUUUUGGUCCGUUAGAUUUAGGAUUAACAUCUAUGUCCAAACAGCGUACAUCUUUUUUCCUUCUUCAGUGGCCGUAGGGUUCAUUCUUACACUUUAGCCACUUAUAGAACCUCGGUGAAUGCUAAAACAUGAUCCGAGUUAAACAGCGGAUCUGAACUGCUAAAGAACUUUGACCGAUUGCUUUAAACCCGCGCUCGACCAGUUCGCCGUCAUUCCGCAUCCGAUCGGAGAUGGCUGUGAUCACCGCCCUCGCCGUUCUGCCGGCUUCUUCCCAGUCCUCUCUCUUCCUCCGCCGCCUCCCUUUCGCACUCUCUGCUAAAGCCUCCUGCUACCCCUCGCCUCGGGCUUGCUCCGCCUCCCGAUCCGCCGCCAUCUUCUCCCCCAUUCCGCGCUCGUCGCUUCCCCGACCCUGGACGCGUCUCGCCGCGGCCGAGCCUGACGAAGCAAAAAUUGAGGUGGAGGUGGAAAUUGAUGGAGGAGGAGGCGCCGAUGGGUCCGAUCGCGGCUCGGAUGAUGGCGCAGGUGGGGGGAACGGUAAGAGCGGAGGCGGGGAUUCCGAGGAGAGCGAAGAGGGGGGAGCGGAUAAGGAGAAGGGGGAGAAACCGAGUGGGAUGUUAAUGUCGCAGAAGAUCACGCUGGCAUAUGCGGCCCUCGUUGGAGUUGGUGGAAUCAUGGGAUAUGUUAAAGGUGGCAGUCAGAAGUCGUUGGCUGCAGGAGGGAUAUCGGCCUUGCUACUGUAUUUCGUGUACACACAACUUCCAGUGAGGCCAGCUUUCGCUUCAUCUCUCGGUCUAGGUCUAUCUGCAGCUCUCCUCGUAGUCAUGGGUUCUCGCUUCAGGAGGUCCGGGAAGAUCUUUCCAGCAGGUGUUGUAUCUCUUAUCUCAUUGGUCAUGGUUGCUGGCUAUUCUCAUGGAAUUCUCCGUAGCUCGCAUAUCUAAUGUCUCGAUAUGAGUUUGAAUUGUAGAAACUCUUCUUUUCUGGUUCCUGUAGACUCGACUGAGCAUGUCUUGUGGACAUCUAACUUUGAUGCUUGGCAGAUAUUUUCUUCUGCAAA